UGGUUGAGACGAUCAACCCACAUUUCCGGUACGACCCAUAAGAAUAACCCUGAUGUUAUAGACAAAAUCGUCUGCGCUUCAUAUCAGUUUGUGCUCCUUUACAUUAUGUCAGCCCCCGGGUUUCUGCUGGUGGUCCUUGCGUUGUCCCUUUGUCCCGGAGACUCCACAGAUCCUUUAUCAUUUAUCGAACAGAAAUCUCUGACACUGGACAUCUGUUCAGAAUGCAGCCAGACCAUCCAGCUGUCUGCCAACAUGAUUUCCAGCUCAGAUACUAAGGAGACUAUAUAUGAAACCUUGCACGCUCUGUGCCAGCACCUCCCAAGAGAACAGGCAGCAGAGUGUGAUUCGCAGGUGAAGGUGUAUUUGCCAAAGGUCCUGCAGCAAACACCUGGUCACCUGAAACCAAGGGAGACCUGUAUGAUUUUUGGGCUUUGUGCUGCCCACAAGAAGGAAGAACCGCUCACACUUCCCCACCAGGCCACUGAUAAAGAAAUCCCCAGCCCGGCACUUGGCACAGUCAGCAAAACUCAAGAGCAGUUCAACCCAGUAUGCACCCUGUGUUUGUUUAUUAUAAAGAAACUGGAGACCUUGUUGCCCAAAAAUAUGACUGAGGAUACUUUAAUGAAGCUCAUGGGAGAGGUCUGCGAUCUUGUACCUCAAAGCUAUAAGGACCAAUGUAAUGACUUCGUCAACAAAUAUGGCUUAGAGAUAGUGGAAUUCCUCUUAUCAUCUGCUGCACCGCACACAAUAUGCUCUCUCUUGCACCUCUGUCUGUUCAAGGAGCAGCCUCUUCCAGAGGCGUUCUUCCCUUCGGACUGCGACUCGUGCCGCACGCUGGCUGUGCUGAGCCGAGUGCACCUGGGGCUGAACUGCACUGAACCUCAGACUUCUUCUUUCCUGCAGUCUGUGUGUGUCAAUCACCCCGAUGCCAUCCCCAAGUGCGAGGCUUUCACCAAAAUCUACGGCUCCCAACUGCAGAAGUUUUUGGGAAACCAGAUGGAUGGUCCGCAUGCUUGCGAAAGAGCUGGUCUGUGCAUUGCCUUGAAGAAGCUGGAGCCUCUGGGGAAGAAUCGUUGUACUUGGGGACCAAGUUACUGGUGCAAAGACAUGGAAACUGCCCAGAAGUGUGGUAAUCAGGCCUUCUGUGAGAAAUACAUGUGGAAGAAGAAUGAAUGAAUGAAGCAAACUGCCACUCUGACAAUAUGUGCACACAGAGAGCUACUUUCUUUUUACACCUGUAUUGCACAGACCAACUGCUGAAAGUUUUAUAAAUGUAAUACACUGAUCAUCUUCUUUUUUUAUUGCUUGGGGAAAUCAAUCUCAAAUGCUCUUUCAGUCAAUCAGCUAUAAAUACUGAUCAUAUCAUUUUUUUCCUCAUUUGCAUAAAGUGUUGCAAGACUGAGGCUGGUAGGUUCUGUCAUGAUUUUAAAGACAGUGUUAUUCUGUACUUUAUAUAUGCCAUUGUGAAUGUGAGAAAUGGGGAAAAAACUCUGUCCCUGUGUCAACCACAAGAUGCACUCUCCCUCACUAUUAAAGACUGUUUGGACAACCACUCAA